GCCUGCUUCGUCCCUUGGCCAAGUUUCGCAUUAUUGGUUUAAAGCACCAGCCAGUGCUUUAAUGGCCUUAAAUCAUUUGUCAACGAUGUGCUGUGCAUUGCUGGGAUAAACCAAAUCUGUAAUCUCUCUCUCUCUCUUUCUGUGUGUUGCUGGCGGUCCCCACUUUCCUACACCAUGGAUCGCCUGCGGCAGAAGUUUCGGCAGGUUACUGGUAGACAUAACGGCAAGGUCGUGCCCGAGGGCACUAGCCAGACCCAGCAGAGGUUAGAGAGGGGCAAUUGGGGAAAUAAACUGGAGUUUAUUCUGACGUGCGUGGGUUAUUCUGUGGGACUUGGCAAUGUUUGGAGAUUUCCAUAUCUUGCAUUCAAGAAUGGUGGCGGGGCCUUCCUCAUUCCUUACUGGAUCAUGCAGCUGUUUGUGGGCAUGCCUUUAUUCUUUUUAGAAUUGUCGUUUGGACAGUUUGCAAGUCUUGGGCCUCUUACAAUCUGGAGGAUAAGCCCGGUCUGCAAAGGAAUCGGAUUCAGUAUGGUGAUAACGCUGGCGCUGGUGGCCACUUAUUACAACGUCAUCAUCGGGUACUGCUUCUUCUACUUCUUCGCGUCGAUGACAGACCGGUUGCCGUGGGCCCACUGUGACAACGUCUGGAACAGUCCAAACUGUGUGGUGGGAAACGAAACUCUGGCUUCGGGUGAACAGGCCAUAUCCUCAAGCGAAGAUUUCUUCACUCGGUAUGUACUGGACCAGUCUCCGACCAUUGACGAGAUUGGCACACCUCGAUGGCAGCUUGUUCUCUGUCUGAUGCUGGCCUGGACUGUCGUCUUUGUCGUCCUUGUUAGGGGAAUCAAAUCACUAGGGAAGGUGGUCUAUUUCACAGCAACUUUCCCCUAUCUGUUGCUGUUGGCAUUGCUUAUAAGGGGUGCCACUCUAGAGGGUUCAGCUGACGGUAUCUACUAUUAUCUGACACCCAGAUGGGACAGGCUGGACGAUUCAUCGGUAUGGAGUGACGCCACAACCCAGGUGUUCUAUUCCCUCAGUGCCUGCUCGGGGGGGCUAAUUAUGAUGUCCAGUUUUAACAAGUUUAGUAACAACUGUCUCAGAGACGCCCUAAUCGUGCCACUCAUUGAUUGCCUUACAAGCUUUUUCUCCGGGUUUGUUAUCUUCACAGUGCUCGGCUUCAUGGCGCAUGCCAAAGGCGCCAAAGUCGAGGACGUUGCCGCAGAUGGACCAGGGUUGGCUUUCGUUGCCUACCCAGAAGCAAUUGCGAACAUGCCUUAUCCGGUAGUAUGGGCGGUCCUGUUUUUCUUUAUGAUGCUCAUUAUAGGAUUCAGUUCUCAGUUUUCUAUUAUCGAAACGUUGGUGUCCUCCGUUUCUGACGAGUAUGACUUCAUACUGCGCAAGAACUGGAGGGUUUCCAUGCUGUUCCGAGUCAGCAUAUGUUGUGCACUGUUUCUCCUGGCGCUACCGAUGACCACGCAGGGUGGAAUCUAUUUGCUGACGCUCAUUGACACGUUCGUUAGCGGGUUUCCUCUGCUUUUCGUCGGUCUCUUUGAAUGCUUCGCUUUGUGUUACAUCUAUGGUUACAAAAACUUUGCUGCCGACAUUAAGAUGAUGCUGGGAAGGGAACCUUUUAUCUACUGGCGGAUAUGUUGGUGUUUCAUCACACCAGGCCUCCUGUUUGCUGUGAUUGUCUUCAAGGCCAUCGAGUACACACCAGCGUCAUACGGUGAUGAUUAUGUGUUCCCAAACUGGGCCCAAGCAUUAGGCUGGCUCAUUUGUCUCUUCCCCGUGAUGGCCAUGCCCGGAUGGUUUCUCUUCUACUAUUGCCGUAAUGGCGGAUGGAAGGUAGCCUUCAAAGUGAGUCGCGCGCUACCGGUCUGGGGGCCCGCCUUAACUGAAAACAGGAUCAAGGACCCUCGCUACACUUGUUCAUCAACGGCCCCUGGUUCCAGUGACGUUCCACAGGAUUCUGAUGGCGGGGUAACUGGUGAUGGAACAGUGGCCAACAUGAAAAAGGAACCUAACAUUCCUGUACAAAAUGGCGUCAGCAGUAUACAAUGCGAAGAAAGCGCCGCAAAUCAAUGAUAUGUUGUUGCACAUGUAACUGAUAUAUAGAGUAUAAGAAAAGCAUAGACAGUUCUUGAUUAGCCAUGUUCUAUGGGACUUGGGCGUUUCCAAUGUGUGAUACGUAUGAAAUAUGUAGAAUACAAAUAGGCCGUCCCUCUGGUAUAUAGAUGUAAUACAGGGGCCGCUUGGACAAAGCGAUCGUAGCCUAAGUGAAUUGUAACUACAAUGGCUACACAUGUUAAAGGCAUAUGUUGCCAUGGUAGUUUAAGUCAAGUUGGACUACGAUCGCUUUGUGCAAGAGGACCCAGGUCUAUAACUGGUUGAGAAAUCAGAAUAAGGUAAAUAGUGGUCCACACAUCGCCGUGCAGAACUCAUCGGUGUCAGCGCAUAAAGCUUAGUAGGACUACACUGGAGGUCUGUUUGAAGUACUGUUAUCUUCCUGAAAUUCAUGUUUCAUUGCUUCUUAUGUACAGCAUGCAUGUGUAUACCCAAGGGCAAAGGUGCGAUGUAUAUAUUUGAACUCGUAAGUUUCAUCGAAGGGUACAUUGGACAACACUGGCCAACUGUUUGAAAAGAUCUGGUUGUGUUUAUUUUAUUGAGGGUGUGGACUGCAGUUUUACAAAGUAAUUGUUUCGUCUGGUCUUAUAACCCUAGCGAUACCCUAGUAAAAAUUAUUGUUAAAUUUAUAAAUAUUUUAGUCCAUGAAAAACACAUGGACGACAUAUUCUUAUACUUCAUGUUAUUGAAAUCAAAGUAUUCAACUUAUACACAUGACUGCAUUUCAGUUUUCCAAUCAGUU